UGACAGUAUUCGUCUUUCGUAUUUUUAUGUACCUUUUUAAAACCCGGAAAAAAUCCAGAAUAUCUAAAUUAACAUACUCAACAAAACACUUCCUUUACAAGCAAGCCACAUGUGUUUCAUGGAACAAUGAGAUCUUACUAACCUAAAGGCAUGAAUUUGCUGAUAUUUUGGAUAUUUACCAUUUUUUACGUCAUCUUGGUUCCCUUUCAAAAAGGAGAUUGCAAUCCUGAACACCGCGAGUGUCCAUGUUACCAUCACAGCCACAACAGCCUUGCACCUCCUAACCAUAACUGCAAAAUUUCAAAUAUUUCUUUACCGAACUUAACAAUAAGCGAGUUUCGUGACUGUAUGAAAGAUAUAGAAGUUCUUUCUUUGGUUAACACAUCAACCAGAUGGAUUGAAAACGGUUUCUUUGUCAAUUUUACAAAUCUUACAAAUCUAGAAUUCAGCACAAACCCAAAUGUAUCUCAGUGUCUUAACAACUUGACUGGCAUCGAUAAAACAAAAUUAGAAAAUUUAACACUGAACAACAUAUCAUUAAACGAUGAAAAUUUAAAGGCUAUCUACACUAUAUUCCCAUCGACACUCAAAUAUCUAACGUUACGGUCGAACCACAUAACAACUUUUCCAUUGAAAUGGAUCCAGGACUUGAAAUACUUAACCAGCCUCGACCUCAGCCAGAGUCUUCAAUUCAGGCACUUUGUAUCUGAUAACGUCAAAGAGGAAUUGCCGCUAACACACCUGUUUGUAACGGGUACAUCCUUCUUCUGGACCAAAUUAUUCAAAAAUAGCAAUUCAACGUGUAUAUUGCCAAACCUUACCGAAUUUCAUCUUUCAUCCACAUUUGUAAACGUUUCAGCAACAGAUGUAAAGGACAACUGUUUACACAAUCUAACAGUACUUGAUUUAGACCAUUGUUUAUUUGAAGAUGGUUUGUACAACGACAGCUUUCGAUUUCUACCAAACCUACAAAAUCUCAGCAUAAGCGAAUCAUUCAAUAUUUACCAGCUGCCCAUACUGAAUACGCCAUUAAAAGAAUUGAAAAUGAAUAAUAUCCAAAUGAAGUUUAAUGAAACAAAAGAUAAUCUGCAUAUUUUCAGGAAUUUGAAAAACCUUCUACACUUGGAGAUUAGUCAUAUAAACUUGAGUACAUGGAGUGAUGAUGGCAUUGGAUCUCUUUUAGGUCAACUGACAAAUCUUCAAUGUAUUAAUGCGAGCAAUAAUAACUUAAAAUUCUUGCCUAGUGUCUUUUUGAAGUUGCAUAACUUGAAGACCGUUAUCUUAACGAAUAAUAGCAUACCGCAAUGGCAUCAACCAACAUUUCAAAGCGGGAAACUUGAGACAUUAAAUCUUGAAAACAAUGCGAUAGGAUAUCUAGACACUGACUUUCUACCUACCUCAAUUAAAGAAUUGAAUCUCAAAGGAAACCCAUUUCGAUGUACGUGCGAUUUGGUCCCAUUCAUAAUAUGGGCAAAGCAAAAUAAAUUGUAUCAUGAUAUAUUGAACAACAAAAAGCAAUAUGUGUGUGAUUUUCCAAUGGAUAGGAAAAACAAGUCGCUUGCUGAUUUUAAUCCAUUACCUACCGACUGUCGGCCAUUCAACACGAUCGUGAUCACCGCCAUGGUUCUUUGUGGUCUAAUGGUGAUAGUAGUUUGUGUUACCGAUAUAGUAGUUUGCUAUAGAGAGAGAAGAGAAAAGCCAAAAAGAAAGCCCAGAUACAGGAAAUUAUCUCCACUUACCUAAUCGAGCUAGAAUUGACACUGCUAAAAAGAGAGGUGGUCGUGGCGACAUCUGAAAAAAAGAAAACACAUGUUAAAUUCGCAUAAAUAUAAACAAAAAUCAUUCUUCACAGAAAUCGUGUUAUUUUAAUUUUUAUUUUUUGCGUGAGUGUUCAUUGUUCAUUGCUAGUACUCUUCUGGUCAAAAUCACAAUCAUUAUUCUUCAUACUCUCUAUUUCACAUUAUAACGCCAUGUAAAGUUGAACAUGUGUCACAAUGCUGCUGUCUCAUUCAUUGUUGUUACAUGCAUAGUCAAUUAUAAUGUAAAGUCACACAAUCGAAAUAAAUAAAUAUUUCA